AUGCCUCGCCUGACUGAGCCGUGCACGAAAACUACGACUGCGUACGCGUGCUUCACCUACACGUUUGCGACCCUCGUGAUAUGGAAUUUCGGCGUGUACGUAGCGCUCAUGGGACUCUGCAUGGUCGCCCAUCUGUGCUUCUCUUUCUAUGGGCUAGUCACGGCCGCAAAGCUAUCGUGGGUUUCAUUCUUCCUGCUCUUCCUCGGCCUAUGCAUCUCUCUUGCGCACGAAUCCUCUCAAGGCGUGCAGCUUUUGCUUCUCGUCCUCCUCUUCCUCCCCUUCAACCUCUCCCUCUGUUGGUGUGUGAUCAUGGCGGACGAGGUAACACACACUCUGCCGCGUGUGGAUCGCAGCCAAUCGAUUCAGCAGCAGAUCGAUUUCUUCACCUUGGUCCUCGGUGGAUCACCAUCCGCACCAGCCGCGCUAGCCGCGGCAGGAGCGCCACGGGUCAGGCAGCGGCAACUGUACGAACGGCAGGAGCAAGAACGUGUGCAAAAUCAGGAGCGGCGGCGAGGCACGGAGGAGAAGGCCCUGGCGGAGGGCGUGGGAGCUCAGUCCCAGGGGCAGGCGUUGCCUCGGGUGGCACACGGGUACGAGGCGCCGCCAUCUUCCAGUCGCGCGUGUGCACUUGUACGUGCACUCUCGCACGUGCCGAUGGCGGCGGCGAGGGCGAUUGCCCGCGUGCUAUCGCGAGGGCGGAUGGAGGAGCAGCAGGACGAUACAGAGACCGCCGUCGGACCCGUCGCCGUCCAGCUCCGCCAGCUGCAGUACCAAUUGUAA